AUGCCAGACAUACCAUUACCUGCUAUUGCUAUUACCCUUACCAAUACAACCAUGCUUUUUUCCAAUUGGAAAGCAAUGACAGAAACGUAUGAUUUAAUGCCAGUAUUAGAACAGCAGUCUUGCCUGUUCAUUUCUUUUUUUAAUAAUACUUUAUCCAACAUUUUGCCAUCUUCCAUUAAAUUGGACCCGCAUACUUAUCAGGUUGAAAAGCUGCUUGGGAAUGUCCCGCCAUUGGUUGCUCUGGAAAAAGCCUACAAAAUCACCAAACGACACUGCCUUUUGCUGAUUACACUCUCCAUCUUGUGGACCAUCCUAGUCAUUAAAAAUGUUCAGGGUGGUCCUUUGACAGAUUUAGUUGGAUUCAGUUUUCCAGCGUAUGCAUCAAUCAAGGCAGUUGAUUCAGGAGACAAAGUCAAGUAUACGCAUUGGCUGUCCUAUUGGGUUAUAUUUGCACUACUCAAGUUGAUUGAGAACUUUCAUAUUACCAUUCUUCAAGUGCUUCCGUUUUAUUUUAUCUUUAAAAUGGUUUUUCUACUAUGGGCCAUGUCCAAAUAUAGUAUGGGUGCAUAUGUAUUCUACCACGGUAUAGUCAAGCAUUGGAUUCCAUUUCUCGACAGAACAUUUGGAUCUAUGCUUGGUGGGGUCAUGUCAGAUGCUCUCAAAGCCUCGGUGGAUGCAGAAGCCAAAUUGCCAGCACCACCCAAACAAACAAUUAUAUUGAAUCCCAGGAUUGGACAUGCUAUACUUGCAACUCCUGGACCUGGGUUCAAGGCAGCGAGUGCCAAGUGGGGUCAUGCAUCUAUGGGACUACGCGGUAGAUGA